AUGUUCGAGGCGCGCCACCGUACUAUUUCACAUUCAGGCGUCUCCCUCCAUUUCCAACCUCCCAUGAAUUCUCUCCUCAGAAUCCGCCGCUGGCCAUUUCCUUCUGCUCUCACCUCCGCUUCUCGCCGACGACUCUCUUCGUCGACCGUCACUUGUCGUACGGAGGACGGGGCGCCGGUGGAAAGCCCUAGUUUCGUUCAUCCUUGGGCGGUGGUCCAUCCCAACGCAUUGAUUGGCGAGGGAGUUUCGAUUGGUCCGUUUUGCACGGUUGGAUCCUCCGCCAAGCUUGGCAAUGGCUGCCAAUUGCAUCCCGGUAGCCAUGUUUUUGGAGAUACGGUGAUUGGGAAGCGUUGUGUUUUGAUGGCUGGUGCUGUAGUUGGGGAGGAUCUUCCUGGGAGGACCGUGCUUGGGGCAAAUAACACUGUUGGUCAUCAUUCUGUAAUCGGUGUCAAGUGCCAAGAUAUGAAAUACAAGUCAGGGGAAGAAUGCUUUCUUGAAAUUGGAGACAACAAUGAGAUUAGAGAACAUACAUCGAUCCACAGAUCUUCAAAGUCAGAUAAUCAAACGGUCAUUGGUCACAACAAUCUAAUCAUGGGGUCUUGUCACAUUGCCCAUGAUUGCAACAUUGGCAACCAUAACAUUUUUGCUAACAAUACUCUUCUAGCUGGGCAUGUUGUUGUGGAAGAUUAUGCCCACACGGCUGGUGCGAUCGUUGUUCAUCAGUUUUGCCACAUUGGUUCUUUCUCCUUUGUUGGUGGUGGAUCAGUGGUUUCGCAAGAUGUCCCAAAGUAUACAAUGGUGGCUGGAGAAAGGGCUGAACUUCGUGGUCUGAACUUGGAGGGACUUCGUCGCCGUGGAUUCUCAGUCACAGAGAUUAAGAGCUUGAAAGCAGCUUAUAGAAAGUUAUUCAUGCCUGUUGCUGCAAAUGCUAUGGGAUUUGAAGAGCGACUUGCCAUUCUGGACCGGGAUGAAGAAUUGAGUAAGGUCCCUGCUGUACACUCUAUGGUACAGUCUCUGCGGGAUUCUUUCCUAGAAACCCGCCGAGGAAUAUGCAAAUUCAGACAGUGGAGUGGCUCCUAA